GUCAUUUUUUCAGCAGGAUGUAAACAAAUUCUGUAAUAAAUAGAGCUACUCUUCCAUCGAAAUGUCAUACUCUUCUUGGUAAAACGAUACAAAUCUAGAAGUUAAUUGAACAUGGAAAAUCCCUGCUGUGUGGAUGAAAAUUCUACAUAUAAACUCUCGAAAGAGUAUCAUAGAAAAGACUAUCCUCUUUUCUAUAUAAAGCAUAUGCUUCAGGAAGAAAUUGAAGAAGAAGAGUUUAUCGCGUUCGUACUUUACAGGAUAUUUGAGAACGAAAGUAUUAAAGGCAAGAGAUUACUGGACGUUGGAUCCGGUCCUACAGUUCACCGGAUUGCCUCUGCCACCAAAGUAUUUUCGGAAAUUAUUCUUUCUGAAUAUGCCGAAGCUAAUCGUCAAGAAUUACAAAAAUGGCUGAAUAACGAUCCAAAUGCCCUCGAUUGGUCCGCUUUCAUCGCAAUGACUGCGAGACUAGAAAAAUAUGGAAACACGGAAAAAGGCAUUAAAACGAUCGAAUCGAGAAUAAGACAAAGAGUUAAAAGUGUGUUGCCCUGCGAUGUCUUCAAAGAAUAUUUAGGUCUGAAUCCCUCAGACGUUGGAAAAUUCGAUGUGGUUUUUACUUCUUACUGUUUAGAAUGCUCCUGUCCUACCGUCGAAGCUUAUAAAUCGGCUAUUAAGAAAUUAGAAUAUUUUCUCGUUCCGGGCGGAGCUUUGAUAAUGAUUGUAAUUAUCGACAGUUCUUACUGCAUCUACGUCAACGACUCGGAAAAACUUAAAUUUUACGAUUUGUCUGUAAGUGAGCAAUUGGUGAAGGAAGCUUUAGAAGAAGCCAAUCUCGAUAUAAAACACUGGUACUUUAACAAGGACAUCGGAGAAGACGAUACUACCAAAUGCAAAGGAAUUUUAGUUUUGUCUGCCUUGAAAAAAAUUGAUUAAUUUCGGGAAAUUAAUAAUAUCCUUCGUACAAAUUGCAGCUAAUUACCUGUAAAGAGGAAAAUUAUAUGGAGUCAUAAUUGGCUGUCUUUAGGUGAAGUGCAAUAAAGGCUCUGUUAACACUGCUAUGAAAACAAAGAAGAUUUAUGCUAAUGGUUUCUGAAACUGUGAUAAUGAAAGACGAAAUAACUGAUAUAAUCCAAUAUUGCUAAUAAGAAUUUAUAUAAUAAUAUUUCUAGUUAAAUGAGAAUUUUUUAAGAAAAUGUUUAAAAAUUAAUCGAGUUCAUCAACAACUUAUUUACAGAUAAAUCGAGAGAUUUAAUGCUCUGAGUUUUAUGAUAAUGUUUUAACGUUAUUAUCUGUAUUGAAGUUUAUAUAAAAUUACAAUAAUAAUAUUAGAUCAAAGUCUUGUCACGAUUAAUUUCAUUGUCAAAGUUCCAAAUGAAUUUGUUUAACGUUUCAUAACGUUGCAUAUUUUUGCUUUCGUUUAAUUUUUAACGCAGAUAAUUAAAAUUAUAUAAGAGCGAGUGAGUUAAUCGAUUUCGGUAUGAGAUCUAAAUAUAAUAUUAUGUUAUUUAUUGUUCUUAUAUAUGUUUUGAAAAUAAAUAACGUAUAUUAAUAGCAGAAUUUAUAUGAUAAACGAAAAUAUAAUGAACGAAAUAUAAAUUUAUUUAUGUUUAUAUAAAUGAUUAACUUGGUUGAUUCAUAUUCUCCAGUUAUUUUGCUCAAUAAUUGCACGCAGCGGAUAUCCUUAUUAAAUAAUUUUUGUCGAUAUAAUCGUGUUGUUAAUGUGCUUUUGGCAACUAAUAACUGUAUUGUUGGCUAUUUCCGAGGAUUGUAUUUUGAGUAUAUUGUAUGCGUGGAGAAUUAUUGCAGGUUAAUGUAAAGAAAUGAUUAAGAAAAUAGUUAUAUGUAAUUAUAUAGAAAUAAAUAAAAUUCGUAUAAUAUUUUAUUUAAAAAUUU